ACUUUAUUUUCUUUUGUGUUUCUUUUAUUUGUAAUUUUUUGUUCAUAGACAAUGGGUAUCAUAAAAUUUUACAAAUCAUCUGGGUUGAGAUCCGGACAUCUGAGAAACCAAUUCAACAGUCUGGUUCUAUUAUCUAAGUCAAUAAUUGGACUGGAGACAGAAUUGUGCUACUAUGUUGAAACUAAGGAGUCUUUAAGUGAUGAAGAAUUGAAACUAUUAAAAUGGAUUCUUAUUCCUCCAUUCGAAAAACAUUGCCUAAAGAGUGAGAGUGUAUUUGAUCAUAAAUCGGAUGGUAGCUUAGUUAUUGAAAUUGGUCCAAGAUUGAAUUUUUCCACUGCAUUCUCCAGCAAUGCUGUAUCAAUUUGUAAGUCUGUCAACCUGCAUAAGAUAAUAAGAAUUGAAGCAACUAUUAGAUACUGCAUCAAACAUAAUGGAAAACUUGAUAAAAUCUUGGAAGAUACUAUAGCAGAGACAUUACAUGAUAAAAUGACUCAAUGUAGGUACAUGCAACCGAUAGAAACAUUUGAUCAUGGUUUUAGACCUGAUGACUGGUUUGAAGUGGAUGUCCUCAAAGGUGGACGAAAAGCAUUGGAGGAAGUUAAUUCAAAAUUAGGUUUGGCAUUCAAUAACUGGGAUUUAGAUUUUUAUACAGACCUGUUUCUUAAUAAAUUGAAACGAAAUCCGACCAGUGUCGAAUGUUUCGAUUUAGCGCAAUCUAAUAGCGAGCAUAGUCGUCAUUGGUUUUUUAAAGGAUACGUAGUUAUUGACAAUGAAGAGAUGAAGAAAUCAUUACUUGAUAUGAUUAUAGAGACACAAAAACACUCGAAUCCGAAUAACACAAUUAAGUUUAGUGACAACAAGACAUUAAGACCUACUUUGACUAACAAAUGUAGCUUUUUCCACUUAGAAAAUGUUACUCAAGAUCUCAUAUUUACCGCUGAAACUCACAACUUUCCAACUGGUGUUGCUCCAUUUAGUGGUGCUACAACUGGAACUGGAGGCAGACUCAGAGAUAUUCAAGGCAUUGGCAGAGGAGGAUAUUAUAUUGCUGGAACUGCUGGUUAUUCUGUUGGAAAUUUGCAUAUCCCAGGGUACGACUUGCCAUGGGAAGAGAAAGAUGUUCCAUACCCUAGCAACAUGGCUAGUCCAUUAGAGAUUAUAGUUGAAGCUAGUAACGGUGCAUCCGAUUACGGCAACAAAUUUGGAGAACCACUAAUAACAGGAUUUGCUCGUUCUUUUGGAAUGAUAGAUAAUAUUGGGGAACGUCGUGAAUGGAUUAAACCCAUAAUGUUUAGCGGAGGCUUGGGUACAAUGGACACUGAUAUGUCACAGAAAGUUGCACCAGCAAAAGGUAUGGAAGUAAUAAAAAUUGGUGGUCCUGUAUACAGAAUCGGCGUGGGAGGUGGCUCAGCCAGUUCCAUCGAAGUACAAGGCGAUAAUAAAUCAGAACUCGAUUUUGGAGCAGUCCAAAGGGGUGAUCCGGAAAUGGAGCAGAAACUGAACAGAGUGGUUCGUGCAUGUGCAGAAAUGAGACAAAAGAAUCCAAUACUCAGUAUACAUGAUCAAGGAGCGGGAGGGAAUGGCAACGUUCUAAAGGAAUUGGUAGAACCUGCUGGCGCUGUUAUCUUCACCAAGAAAUUUGAGCUAGGUGAUCCAAGCAUCAGUACUUUGGAAUUAUGGGGUGCUGAGUAUCAAGAGAAUGAUGCAAUUCUAUGUAAACCUGAAGAUGCUGGCUUACUCAAGGAAAUAGCAGCUAGAGAGAAAUGUCCUAUCAACUUCGUAGGAACUGUUACCGGAAAUGGAAAGGUCAUUCUUUCUGAAGAAAUCGAUUGUAACGUAUCAAAGUAUCUAAAUGAAAAUUAUAAGGAUGAGAAGAGACAUCCGGUGGAUUUAGAUUUAGAAUUGGUACUCGGGAAAAUGCCGCGUAAGACGUUCAACUUUCAGAGGCGAAACAUACAACUACCUUCUUUGUCACUUCCAACAGAUUUGACCGUACAAUCUGCUUUGGAAAGAGUCUUGCGUUUGCCUUCAGUUGGCAGCAAACGAUAUUUAACUAAUAAGGUUGACCGUUGUGUAACUGGAUUGAUAGCGCAGCAACAAUGCGUUGGUCCUCUGCAUACUCCUCUUGCCGAUGUUGCUGUAACUGCAGUCUCUUACUUCUCAACGGUUGGCAUAGCUACAUCUAUUGGAGAACAGCCAAUAAAGGGUCUAGUAAAUGCAGCAGCUGGAGCUCGCAUGACCGUGGCAGAGGCCUUAAGCAAUUUAGUAUUCGCGCGAAUCUCAGAUUUAAAGGAUGUUAAAUGCAGCGGUAAUUGGAUGUGGGCUGCCAAAUUACCAGGAGAGGGUGCUGCACUAUACGAUGCGUGUUCUGCUAUGUGUUCAUUGAUGAACGAACUUGGCAUUGCAAUCGACGGAGGUAAAGAUUCUCUUAGCAUGGCUGCUCGAAUUGGUAAAGAUGUUGUUAAAGCGCCAGGGACACUUGUAGUUUCUUGUUAUGCUCCUUGUCCGGAUAUCCGACAUGUGGUAACGCCAGACUUUAAAGCACCUGCGACAGGGAAGAAUGGCAGCUUGUUAUUCGUCGACUUGUCUAAUGGACAAAGUCGAAUCGGCGGUACGGCUUUAGCUCAGGUGUAUAAAUCACUUGGUAACGAUGUUCCAGAUAUGAGACAUGCCGAUUUAUUGAAAAAUGCUUUCAAAGCGACGCAACAGUUGAUUGCAGAGGAAAAAAUAUUGGCAGGACACGAUGUUAGCGAUGGGGGACUUAUCACGUGUCUUUUAGAAAUGUGUUUUGCUGGUAUGUCUGGAAUGGACGUUAAUAUUUCCCACAAAUCUGGAACACCUAUAGAAGUUUUAUUCGCCGAAGAAGUGGGCUGGAUAUUGGAAGUUGAUGAAGAAAAUUACCAACACGUGUUAAAUGUGUUCAAACAAUUUAAUGCUCCUAUAUAUUCAAUUGGACGAUCUGAAAAGUUUGGAAUGACUUCGAAAAUAAAUGUCAAAGUUCAAAAUCGAACUGUCUUGGAUUCGACAGUGUUAUCCUUGAUGUCUCUAUGGGAAGAAACUAGCUACCAAUUAGAACGUCGUCAAACAAAUGUGGAAUGUGCAUUACAAGAGUUUGAUGGACUCAAAGAUAGAGCUGCGCCAGUUUACAAGUUGUCCUUUAACCCUGAUGUAAAACCUGUUAGGAUUCAUAAAACUUUAACUUCAAAGAUCACCGUAGCCGUGAUAAGAGAAGAAGGCAUAAACGGCGAUAGGGAAAUGGCGGCAGCCUUGGUGCAAGCCGGCUUUGAGGUUUAUGAUGUGGCAAUGCAAGAUUUAUUAGACAACAAAGUAACAUUUGACAGGUUCAAAGGUGUCAUUUUUCCUGGUGGCUUCAGUUAUGCCGAUGUCUUGGGCUCAGCCAAGGGAUGGGCAGCAAGUCUCCUCUUCCAUCCGUCUUUACAGAAGCAAUUGGAAGCAUUUAUCUCUCGUAAAGACACGUUCAGUUUAGGAGUUUGUAACGGAUGUCAAUUAAUGUCCCUGUUGGGAUGGAUAGGAAACGAAACCGGUAAUGUUGAAGAACCAGAGGUUUUCUUAGAUCAUAAUCUAUCCGAGAGGUUUGAGUGUCGGUGGAGUACGGUCAGAAUUGAUAAGUCACCAUCCAUAAUGCUGAAUGGAAUGGAAAAUAGCGUAUUAGGCGUGUGGGUUGCACAUGGCGAGGGAAGAUUUACUUUCAGAAACGAUGAUACGUUGAAGAAGCUUCAAAACAAUAAUUGCCUGGCCAUCAGGUAUACUGAUGAUUACGGCAACCAAACCGAACAAUAUCCUCUUAAUCCUAAUGGUAGUACAGGUGGUAUUGCUGGUAUCUGUUCCGCGGAUGGACGGCAUCUCGCGAUGAUGCCACAUCCUGAACGAUGUACGCAAAUGUGGCAGUGGCCUUGGAAACCCGCAGAUUGGGUGAAAUACGAGAUUUCGCCAUGGCAACGUAUUUUUGAUAACGCGUACGCCUGGUGUUUGUCUAAACAAUGAUUCAAUACAUUCCACACGAUAACAGCCUAUUAGUGUACAUAACAAGAUUGCCUAUGUUCUGAAUGAAUUAACUUUUCAUAGAUUAUAAAAUUCUUUAUUUUCUACUUUCUUAACAAAGUAUGGUAACAUUGUGUAGUCAAGUACAAUAAAAAUGGUAAAUUACAAUUAGAAA